AUGGGAGAAUCUUCUCUUUAUGCGGAUUUCUUUUUUUUAUUUGACGAUUUAGCAGAGGUAGCUUUACCAAUACGUUUAGAUGGUAAAUUACUUGUAGUGAAGUCAGGUAUGCCAGGUUCUUUGUUUUGUGAAUUAUUUUCGGAAUUCUCUUCUAUAAUUGUAUCUAGAUUCACUAAAGAAUUUUUACCAAAUAUUAAUGGAUCUUGUGAUCCUUCAUCUAUGCUCAUACUUCUUUGUGAUGGAGCUCAUAUUAGUGGUGACUUUUUAAUGAUUUCGAUUUCCAUACUACAAUUAUUGAUAGGACAAAAAAAUCAUACACUAUCUGAGGCUAAAAGAAAAAAAACAAUUUUUAAUGAUACCGCAUCUGAGUCCUCGUCUAAAUCUGAAUCUGGGUGCGGCUCUGAAUCCUUUUAUGAUAAUGAAGAUUUUACUGUAGAUAUG